GUUCUUAUCUUUCUUAACACAGAGAGCGGAAUGUUGGCUCCCAGUUACUUCCAAUGCAUUGCAAGGCGACUUGGGGAAAAGAAAUUCAAUUCGCAGUUAUGCUGGAUACUUGACCUCCCGGACUGGAUCUAAACAAAUGAACAAAAAUGUGCGUCUUUCUCGGAACUUAACACUCGACUGAUACCAACUCAUACCGAGACCUCUCCUGCGUUUGGAUUUCUCCCCCCUUUUUUAAAAUAAAACAAGCACGAAUUGUUGUGUACUUCUUGCAUUGGAUAUAACCAUCUGGUAUUAGUUUUAUUUCAUAACCAUUUUCUCAUUUGGAAUUAUUGGGUUAUGGCUAAUGCGUCAUUCAUGGAUCUGGGGGUAUGGUUGCUAAUUUGUGUAACAGCUGCUUUUGCACAAGGUUCUGCGCCUCUCAAAACCGAACCCAGCGAAGUGAAUUUGUCACUACGGACUGACCCUGAGGCGGCACGCCUGGAUGUAGGGGCUACAGGUUCCACCGUGGGACCUAGCUGGAGCUCCGCGGUCUCCGUCAGGAGCGCACCUGGCCAAGGUAGCGGGGAAGCCGAGGGCGCGAUAUGUGCGAAGUCAAAACCACGGAGAAGGUCCAAGCGCUGCACAUGUUACACUUACAAAGACAAGGAAUGCGUCUAUUACUGUCAUCUGGACAUCAUCUGGAUCAACACACCAGAGCGUACAGUUCCCUACGGACUCUCCAGCUACCGAGGUUCACGGCGAGCGAGGCGCGCGGCCGAGCUUGCACACGACACUGCCCAGGGCCCGGCGGGCUCUCUCCGCUGCUACUGCAUGGACCAGAGCGACCCGGAAUGUGACGUCUUCUGCAGCAGGGGACAGAGGUCUCCCUGACAGAAGACAAUGUGAAGGCCACUGCAUACAUGGACUCCACUAGACCUGGGUGACACCUCACACAUUUUUCUUCAUAAUGUAUUCUUUACAAAAUUAAAACAGUCUCUAGGCGGCACAGACUGGUUGAAAAGAAGACAAAAGGGAUCAUUGUAGAACUCCCUGACAUUGGAUUUGUAAUGCUGCAAAUCUCCUGGAUUACCAAAGACAUAAUGAAAUAAGAAAGAGGUAAGGAACUCUGGAAAGUUUAUUUAAAAAAAGAAAUUCAAAUAUUUCAAGCAAAGCAAAGACUGGUUGAGAAAGACACAAUAUUGUUUUAACAUCAGUUCUGUUGACGCAGAGACCUGUGGAUUAAUCAGCAGACAAAAGAGAAAACAGGAUUUUUCCGUUGUCUCCUACACAGAUAGCAGAAGUGGCACAUGUGUGGUCACACCAGCAUGAUAUUUUUGGAUGUAUCAAGAGAAGAUCUUAUGAAGGGGCACAAAAUGCCAUUAUGACACAUUCAGCAACAAUGAAACUAUAAACCUCAAUGGAUUAUUCAUAGAUCUUUGAAAGAACUUGCAAGGAAAUGAGCAAUAUACUGUCCCAGUUUUUAACAGUACUAUUCAUAUUGUCUUUGUGGAUUUUUCUACUGUGGAAAGUCUCAACAUUUUAGAUUGCAAUCAACCCAAAGUUGACUAACUUUUCAUUGAAGCAAAUGAUAUCAAAGCUCAUACUGUGUUGAGGUUGUUUCCAAUUUUCUUUCAUUACAACGUGAAAAUAAUGCCAUAAACCUUUGUUUCAACACCAACAUGCGGUUGUCAUCAGACUGUCUAUACUGUCUGGAAGUAUAGUCCACACAAAUAGCCUUAUUCAUUCACAAUAAUUGAUGAGUUGGAGUUUUGAUCAUAUUUAAAGUGCAUUGGAUUUAACUAUGGGAGAGAGUUCCAAACACAAUUGCAAAACACACCCGAGUCAAGGUCUGUUGUUAAGACAAAGACCAAGAGGAACUCAGAAUGUAUGAGAGAAAUAUUUGCCUGAAAGCCUAAUUUCCUCAUGUCACAUAUAAGUACAUAUUUACUGUAUAUAAAUGAAAGUAUUAAAACUAGUUGAAUAUUUGAUUCUAGAAACAGCCUAGUAAUAAUUUAGAGAAUGAAAAAUUGUAUUGUUUUGUACAAAAUAAAGGUCCCUUAAAAUUACAUAUAAAUAAUACCCAAUAAUAAAUGUGCAUUUACUUUGAAUAUGUUUGCAAUAAUUUUACAUUUGGCACAUAUAUAUAUGAAGUGUAUUAUUCCUAAUAUAAGAAAGUAUGCUUAGCAUGUACCAUAACUGUUAUAGCAUAUAACUGUUAAUUCUUACAUAGGUUUUUUUUAUCAUCUCAAGGGCUUGUUCAAAAUCAUAUUCUUCAAAAGGUUUAAUGCAUUAUGAGUGGGAAAUAGUUACAGUAAAAUGAAAAAGUAAUCGGUUUAUGCCAUGCUGAAAAGAUAAGAAAGAAAACAACAUUUCGGCAGUGGAGCCUUCAUCAGGUGUCAUGAUCAUUAUUAAAAAUAAAAUAUACUCAUCUAAGCUGGAUUCUGAUGAUUCAUAGCUGAUUUCUGAAAUUGCUUAAAAGGGUUGAACACAGACCAACCACAGGAUCAGAAUCCCAGUCUUCCUUAAUUCAUACAUCACUGAGGAGAGGUCUAUCAAACGGUGUUCCACAGGGAAUCUGGUAACUCUCCGAAGUGCCAUGUGAAUGAAGUGAGUAGUUUUUUAUAAAUGUGGCUCUCUGGAUGCCAAAUAAGGUAUACAGACUAACUAUUUAAGACAUUGAACUUUCUGUGUGAAAUAUUUUGCUUUUAUGUUCUAAACACAUUUUACAGAAUUUAUGUCUAUCAGAAAAGAAAGCUAAGAAACGGAUUAAAUUAUUUUUCUGGUCUGCUUUGCAUUGACUCAUUGUGUGGAGACCCAUGAUACUAGCCAGUAAGAUGUUUAAGCCUGAUAAUUACAGGUAUGCUUUGAACAGAAAGUAGAUAGCAGAAAGGAACCAAAUUUAGCCCAGCCCGUGGAAGAUUUAUUCCUUUGCUGUAAAAGGUGUUUGAGACAGGAUAUGCCUACGUACAUCAAAGGAAUUGGAAACAGAUCGUAAUGUAAAGUUGUGAAGAAGCAUUAAGACAAUUUCCUGGGCUGUGAACUCAACAUGAAUUGUUACAAUUUGCACUCUACACAAGACCGAAAACAUCUGCUGGUUUUUAAAAAAAAACUUCCUCCGAAAUCAAAAGCCAAUAGCCUUUGGAGGUAAUGUAUCGAAGUCCUGUGAGCUUGUUACUUUAUCAUUUCCAAAACAUUGAAAUAUUAGAUGCAGAAGAAAGACAAAGCUAGGUUAAAGUUGAAAAUGUGCAAAUGACAUCUAGAGACUAGAAAAUUUAAGCUACAGAAACUACUUCUCAAACAUCUCUGUUAAUGCAGUGAAGUAUAGCAGGAAACCCAAAUGACACUGGAUAUAAAAAGAAGCAAAGGACCACUUGCAGCCACUGCAGCAGUUUCUUCUGAAAGGUGUUUUACAAAGCUUUCCACCUUCUGUUAAUUCAAAUAAUACCAAACACCUAACACUCAGAGUAUUGGCUCAUCUGUGAAAGUUCAGGCUGCUAUAAAAAAAAAACAUCCUCCACUGUUCCUGCUCAUAUACUGUAUCUCACAGUAGAGCCUUCAGUACAUGGGUUUCAUAACACUACAUACAGUAGAUUCUUCAUUUGAAAAGUAUUUUGUAAAUAAAACUAUAGAAAUGAACAGUACACAGGUGCAUACUGCAUGACACAAGAGCACUAUUGUCUCUGUGCAUGUGUAAGGAUAUUAACAUUCCUUUAUUAGCUGUACAGAAACAUUUUAUAAAAACUUAAAGGUCACCAGUCCUCAAUGGUAGCAGGGUCCUAUGGUUUUCACUCCACUUAACCCUUUAAUUAUAUAGUUGAACCCAUUUAAACUUUUACCCAGAUUUGUAGCUGGUCGUGAUCUAAAGACAUUUACUCUAUGAAACGUCCUGGACUGGGUCCCUGAGACAUAGACAGGCAAAAAUGCAGUGCUGUAGUUCCACAAUGUUAAUGUAACAGCAUUAAGAGACUGUAAGAGACUGAUAUUUUACCACUAAUAGUUUUGUCAUAUAUUCAAUUUGAGAUUGUCAGUUAUGGGUUUAUAUUACAGUUUAAAAUAAAUUAUAUUUUGUGAACCUGUGUUACUGCAAUGACUCUUUAAUUAGCAGGGAACUAUGUAAGAAUUUUAUAAUGACCCCCUAAUGUGCACUAUUUAGCUACAUCCCCUCAUAAGCAGAAACAUCUGGGAGGUUUAAAAAUUAAAGUGGCUCUUUUUAAACAUAUUGGGAUAGACUUCAUGUAGAGACAUAAACACAAGGAAAGUACUUAUAAGCUUUGUUUUCACUGAUCGAAUUAGAUGUUUAUAUCUGAGAACAAAUGUGUAUAUUAAUAUAAUGAUAAUAAUAAACUUUAUUUUAUAUAGCGCCUUUAAAGGUGGCUU